AUGUCUAGUCCUUCACGGUGGCUGUUGUCUCGUCGCUUUGACGAGGCUGAGGGUCUCUCCCAAGAAGCGUUGGGUCAAAUCAGGGUUGAUCAUCCGGAGAAGAACGGGGUUCGUUCAAAGCGCAGCCCAGUUUGUAGCUUGGUUUGCUCAAAGCCGGGUAGCGGGUCGAUAAACCGCUGA